AAACGGCUAAACACCAGAAGAAACGAGUGUCAGUGCAUUCAUAUCUAGCGAUGCGGUGGUAUCUUUGUACACGAAUGAACUCGCUCUGUUGGGUGGUGAGGUAGACGGAUCUUUAAUUUAAAGACAAGGGAUUUAGAUUUUUUGCGUUAUCAAAGUGUAAAAUGAGCGGCCGCGCGAUAGUCCGGGCCGUGGAGCUGCUGGGCAGCGGAGCCUCGAGGCUCUUUCUCUCCACAUCAGCAGCUCCGCACUCGACCGGAGUAACAUUAACGUUACAUGGCAUCAACAAAAGGUUUCGGUCAACAUCGUCCAUGUCCAGUUACACUGAGCUGGCUCGGGAGCGGUCAAAAACCGUUACGUCCUUUUACAACCAGCCUGCCAUCGACUCAUCUGCCGAGAAGCCUUCUGUCAGACUGACGCCAGCUACUAUGCUGUAUGUAGGGAAGUCUCCUGAUGGACAACACAUCCUGAGCAGUGCCAGGUAUCUACACAAAGAGCUGCCUGUACGGAUCGCCCAUCGCAUUAAGGGUUUUCGCAGCCUGCCCUUCAUUAUCGGCUGCAACCCAACCAUUCUCCAAGUGCACGAACUUUAUAUCAGGGCCUACAACAUGCUGAGCGACUUCCCGGCUAUCACAGACCAGGAGACUGAGGCACGCUAUAGCAAACUUGUAAAACAGCUUCUUGACGAUCACAAAGAUGUUGUCACCAUGUUAGCCGAAGGAUUCAGGGAAUGUCGUAAACACAUAAUGGAUGAGACUCUGGUUCGUAAUUUCUUGGACACAACGUUGACGUCUCGUCUGGGAAUCCGCAUGCUGGCCACACACCACAUUGCCCUUCAUGAGGAUAAUCCUGACUUUGUAGGCAUUAUCUGUCGCCGCCUGUCCCCUAAAAAGAUCAUCGAGAAGUGGGUUGAUUUUGCUCGACGGCUCUGUGAGCAUCAGUAUGGGAAUUCUCCACGGGUUCGCAUUAAUGGCCAUGUGGCGGCCCGCUUUCCCUUCAUCCCACUGCCUCUGGACUACAUCCUGCCUGAGCUACUGAAGAACGCGAUGAGGGCCACCAUGGAGAGUCACUUGGACACUCCUUACAAUGUGCCUGAUGUUGUGGUCACAAUCGCCAACAAUGACACCGACUUCGUCAUAAGGAUCUCAGACCGUGGUGGUGGCAUUCCUCACAGCAUUCUGGACCGGGUGAUGGAUUACCACUUCAGCACUGCUGAACAGAGCACACAGGAUCCCCGCAUGAGCAACCUUUUCGACAACAUGACCAACAGCGGCCCCCAGUCUGGACCCAUGCAUGGGUUUGGCUUUGGUCUGCCUACGUCCCGAGCGUAUGCUGAAUACUUGGGAGGCUCCUUGGCCAUCCAGUCGAUGCAGGGCAUCGGCACCGAUGUCUACCUGCGUGUUCGGCACAUUGAUGGCAAAGGAGAGAGCUUCAGAGUUUGAUGUCGUGGUCUAUCCCUAGAGUUUGUGGUCAGUCACCAUGUUGAAGAUUUUAAAGGCUGAAGAGGAACCAAAGCCAGGAUGUUAAACAUUCGUCCUUUCACUCGUAUUACCCGUCACUGCAUCAGUAUCACUGCGUGUUCUGCAGAUUAUGGGUGUCAUGCUUGGGAUUCACAAUGCGUUGUGUUUAUAUAGUGCACUGUGAUUUCUAUUCAACUUUCAGUGUGUUACUGUCCAUCGUCACCAGUGGGGCGAGUCCUUACACUCCAGAUGCUUUCAGAAGAUGCUCUCUAGACAGUCAUAUCCUGCUGUUUUUUUCCUGCUGAACUCUUUGGAGCUGCAUUGUUCACUUCCUGUGAACUCUGAAUAGAGUUUGACUUAAGAAAAAGACUCGGUCAGAAAAAAUGUUCAGUCUUGCUUCACACCUGUCUUGAGUUUUUCACAUUAACUAUAUGAGCUUAAGAGUUUGUUGUAGAUUUCAUGCUUGAGUUGCUACAAAAGGCUCUUUGGGUUAUAGCACAGCGUAAAAUAUAAAUGAUAGUUUUGUUUUCUCUCCAGCAAACCGUGUUAAAAGAAAUGUUCAUAUUUGAAUGGAUGUUUUUACACUCUGCCCACUUGCACAUUUGGUCUCUUGAUCGAGUUUGUUCGAUUUUUUUUUUUGUUUGUUUAUGCCAACAUGUUUGAGACUGAGAGAGACCAUGAGGUUUGUUUACCUGAAUUUGGAAAUUUUCCCCAAAUGACAAAAGUUCUAUCGAAAUACUGAUUGAACUGCUGGAGGAUGUCACAAUACAUAGUACAAGUAAUCUGUAACAUUUUGUCUUGUAAUGUGCCUUGUGGUUUCUCUUUUGUCCUUUCGAAAUGAUGACUUCCAAGAAAAGGCGCCUCCUUGUUUUCUGAUCAUCACCUGUUCUCAAGAGCUGUAGAUUUGUUGCCCUCUGCUGGUGGAAGCUGAGUAUCGACUUCAAACAAAAUGGACAUACUGAUGAGUUCGUGUAAUGAAUGAUGAUGUACAGUAGGUUUUGAAUCAUUUAGAAUGAGUUACACGCACAUAUUAACAUUUUCCUUUGUUUAUAUAAAAGGCCAAAUUGUGGCAUGAUGCACCUAAAAGGAUGAGAUCGUUUUAUGUUUUUUUUUUUUUUUUGAUGUUGAGUUUGCAUUGCAAAGAUGCCAAAUACACAGCUUUUUUGGGCAUUAUAAAAUUUUGGAUGAGUAAAUUUAUGCUUUUCUCUUGAUUUCCUUCCUCUCUCUGUUGGUUUUAAUAAAAUAUGCUGUUCAUAUUGUG